AUGGGAGACUUGAGGAGAGUUCAAGGGUGAGGAGGAGAAAAUAGUAGAGACAGACAACACAGAGAGAAGGGAGGAAGGGAAGGCAGGACAAACACAGAGAAUGGAGCAAACGGGGCUUUAAAGGCAGGGCAAUUUCCACCCGCUCUUAACUUCUAAGCAAGCGUCUCUGUCCGGGAGAGGGAAGGGAAGUCUCAAGGCAGCUCCACGGAGGAGCCCUGCUUCUCCCGCUCAUGCGACUGGAGGAACCACUGGAGGUGCUUUUUUUUGUUUUACACGGAGGCUUCCUAACAAGGAAGUUGGCUUUGUCGCGCGAGAGAGGAGAACAAGUCCAUUUUCUAGGCUGUUUUUCCUCCCCGUGAGGGAAAGGAGAAAGCAGGCGAGGGAGGGAAGGGGGGAAAUAGAACAGCGCGCUAUCUAAAACAUUUCCCUUUCCAAAAAGAAAGGGGGGCGCUUUAAAGGGAAAAGGUAAAACUGCAACAAAAAUGCUCGCGCCGCUCCUGCUGUUACUGCUCCGUUGCUCCCUAAAUAAUUACAGUUUUCCCUCCUUGCAAAGCAAGCUAAAGCGCCCUGAUGGGAGGCUGAAACAGGCAGGCGCAGAACUCUUGAGAAUGACGGCUCCCUAGGACCCGCCCCCUCACUUCCGGGGCCUUCCUCUCGCCCAGCCCUGCGCUUGCAGGCAGAGCUCCAUAGCAACGGAGGCCUGCUGAAGCGCCGCCGCCCUUUGAGCCUUCCCAGCGGAGCCAUGGUGAGGGAAGGGGGAGCUUAUGCUGUGAUGGGGUUCAGGGGAGAGGCGGCGAUCUUGCCGGGUUUGUAUAUGUAGGGAGAAAGCGGGGGAGCCAAGGUAGAUCUGGAGAUUUCAAGGAGAAGGGCCGCGGCAGGCCUUCUGCCCCCAAUGGCAUCUCCAGCGAGGGUUGGGAGAGGCUCCUGUCAGAAACCUUGGAGAGCCGCUGCCAAUCAGUGCAGGUAACAUGAGCUUACUUGGAUCCAUGGUCUGACUCGGUAUCUGGGUUCCUAUAUAGGGGAAAGGCCUGAGCUCUCUGGUACAGCAUCAGCUUAGCAUGCAAAAGGCUCUAGGUUCAGCCUCUGGCAUCUCCAGGUGGGGUCCCCCGCCUGGAAACCAGGGGUGGGGGGUGGGGGUGAACCACACUGUAUUAGAUGGAGCAGUGGCCUGUGACCUGAUGUAGAGGGAAGAACAGGGCAGGUAGGUCUUCUUGAGCUCAACUGUUAGGAUGGCGGAGUGCAAACAAUGGGGGGGGGGUGUUUCUCCAGCUUUUUAAUAGUUGCGUAGAAGGACAAAAAAAACAACACUUUAAAGCCAAAUAAGGCUUUCAACAUGGCUUGCAGAUAACAACCAUAAGACAGUUCCUGCUCUGAGGCUCACUGAAAAGGAAGAGGGAUUGGGAGGGAAAACGAAAAAACAAUUGACAUAAUUGUUUUGAUACUUGCUGUUUUUAUUGCCUUUAACUUGUAAGCUACUUUGGGACUUCAGAUAUAAGAGAUAGAUAACACCCACACCCACAAAUCUUUCCUGUAAACUGGAUUAGACUUUUACAGUUAUUAAAAAGGUAAAGGGACCCCUUACGAUUAGGUCCAGUCGUGGCCGACUCUGGGGUUGCAGCGCUCAUCUUGCUUUAUUGGCUGAGGGAGCCGGCGUACAGCUUGCAGGUCAUGUGGCAAACCAGAGCAGCACACGGAAACGCCAUUUACCUUCCUGCCGGAGUGGUACCUAUUUAUCUACUUGCACUUUGACGUGCUUUCGAACUGCUAGGUUGGCAGGAGCAGGGACCCUGCUAGGUUGGCAGAGCAGCUCACCCCGUCACGGCGAUUUGAACCGCCAACCUUCUGAUCGGCAAGUCCUAGGCUCUGUGGUUUAACCCACAGCGCCACCCGCGUCCCCUUUUACAGUUAUUACCAUUGCUUUAUAACGGGCUUCCUCAAACUAGGCCCUCCAUAUGUUUUUUGGCCUACAACUCCCAGGAUCCCUAGCUAGCAGGACCAGUGGUCAGGGAUGAUGGGAAUUGUAGUCUCAAAACAUCUGGAGGGCCGAGUUUGAGGAAGCCUGCUUUAUAAUGUGCUGGCACUUUUCUCAGUUGAUGUUCAGUCUCUCAGAAAAUUAUAAAUAAGAACAGUGCCAUAUUAUAAUUAUAACCUGGACCUGAUGGAUUACUUAUUAUAGGACUACUGUCUCCCAAAUCUUGCGGAACCGUUGCUUAAUUUGGGGGGGGGGCGGGUUCCAUCCUUCUAUCUAUGAGUCAUGUAAUUUUUUUGCAUCCAGGAGCAAAUAUUUGUGUAAGCAGGUAUGCUGGCUCUUGCCUGGGUAAAUCAACCAAAGAGCUUGAGUUUAACUUGGAUUUUAAGGAGGCAGCCCAUCUGGAUUCUUAUCAACUUGUGAGUGCGGCUUUCUGCUCUCAGUAUUGCUGCUAUCAGGGUGUUGGUAGCAGGAAACCCCACAUGAGCAGACUACUAUAUGUGGGAGUAGAGGAUGCUGCAGGUGGCUUUCUUAAUGCUGGGUUUUAAAGAAAAAUAUAGAUGGCAUUUUAAGCCUCCAUCUUACCAUCUACCCUUUAACAUAGCACCUCUCUUGCUUCACUAAGAGCAUGUCCCUUCCGACUUGCCCCAUUAAUGCAAAGCAGCCUCGUUCCCUAGUGCCUUCAGCAUGAUGCCAUAAUUCCAGAUGCCACUCUGCAACAGGGCUCCCUCCACAAGUGCUCCUUUGCUGUUAAUUCAGUAGCUAGUUCAAUGGGCUGGAUCCAAUGUUAGAGCAGACCCGAUGAAAUUAAUGGUUAGCACUAACUUUAUUAAUUUCAGUAGGUCUGCUCUGAUUUUGAUUUAGUGGGAUACUAUCCCAUGUUCUGGGACGCGGGUGGCGCUGUGGGUAAAACCUCAGUGCCUAGGGCUUGCCGAUCGCAUGGUCAGCGGUUCGAAUCCCCGCGGCGGGGUGAGCUCCCAUCUUUCGGUCCCAGCUCCUGCCCACCUAGCAGUUCGAAAGCACCCCUAAGUGCAAGUAUAUAUUGGCUGCUGCCAAAUGUGAGCUAGUGCUCACAUUUUGUUAAAGUGAUUUUGCUUCUUUUGCAGGCAGAGGUAGAAGAAACUUUAAAGAGGAUCCAGUCACAUAAAGGAGUUAUUGGAACUAUUGUCGUAAAUGCAGAAGGUAAAGGUCUGCCUUUUGGGUGUUCUCAGAAGUACACUCAAUGCUUUGUACAAAAAGAUGCUUUUUGGAAUUUUUCUUUUGCUAUUUGAAAUCUCUUUUAAGCUAAGCUGGUUAUUCUAAUUUACAAUUUGAAUUCAAAGCUGAGGACUGGUUUCUUUUAAUCUGCAGAAGUCAUCAGGGUGAAUAGUGUAUUUGAUAUCAAGAGGCUGAUGGGUACUUUGUGAUUUGUGUGUGAGGCCUCAGCAUUUUCUUCAUGUUCACAAAUGCUAUGUUUUUUAAGACACUUUUGCCACUUUAACACAGUGGAUAAAACCAGUGCUUUUUUCUGGGGGUACUAAAGGAUACACAGUACCAGCACUUCCCUUUCCACCAAUGUUAAAAGUGUGGCACUUACUUUAACAACUUCAUGGGGGAGUACCAACACCUUUAUGCACUGGAUAAAAUUAUGUUUUUUUGAAAUUGGUCGCAGCAUUCCCAUUUACUGGAAGUUGGGGUUUCACCCAGUAUGUAACUACUCUAAUGAUCUCAAGUGUCUGUGACCAUUUAUUAUUUUUGUAGCUAUUUGUCUAGUUGCCCAAAAUACUGAGAUUCUUGAGGAAAGAUUCACGUGCCUACUCCAGUAGUAGGUUUUACAGUAUUUCCAGAUGUCUCUACCUAAUGAACAUAAGGUCAUACCCUCCAACAUUUCUCCAAUGAAAAUAGGGACGUCCUAUUCCAUUAUUAUUAUUAUUAAUAAUAAUAAUAAUAAUAAUUUAUAUACCACCCAUUAAACAUUAAAUAACUUCAUUCAGAUGUCUUCUAAAGGUUAUAUAGUUAUUUCCUUGGCUCAGGAGUUACAUAACUUCAUACCCUCCAACAUUUCUCCGAUGAAAAUAGGGACAUCCUAAGGAAAAGUGGGGAUCAGAUCAGAAACUGGGAUGGCUUCUGAAAAUCUUGGACUGCCCUGGAAAAUAUGGACACUUGGAGGGUCUGUAAGGGCAUAAGAGCAACCUGCUGGAUUAGGCAAAUGACCCUUCUAGUCUAGCAUCCUGUUCUCACAGUGGCCAACUAGAUGCCUGUGAGAAGCUUGUAAGCAGGACCUGAGUACAAUAGCACACACUCUGGUUGUGAUUCUCAAAAACUAGCAUUUAAAGGCAUAAUUCCUCUGGCAGUGGAGGUAAAACAUACCUAUUUUAGCUAGUAACCAUUGGUAAUAAUUACUCAGUUUAAGCAGAAGUGAAUAUCAAGCUGCAUGGAGAAGAUUGUUGAAAACUCUUUUUUAUAGAGUUUGCCCAAGUAGUUUUGAUUACAGCCUGACAAUCUUGGUCUACAACUUUUGUCUCAUAGGCUACUGAAAUCUCAUUAAAAUGCAUGUAGUAGGGUCUGGCAGCUUACUUCCCAACUAGGCGUCCCUUCUUUUUUUCCCAGUCUCUGAUACAGGGCAGCAAAAGGAGGGAACAGAUUCCUAUUUAUGGUUUAAUUGUCUCUCCUCACCUGUAACAGUUGCUGAUUGGCUGUUCUUUCUCCAGAAUAAAAAUAGGUUUUUCAGAAGUGUCCUUAACCUCAGAUGCAGUUUGGUCCUGAUGUUGCCCUGUUUAAUCCUAAAGCAGCAAAUGACUUCCUUUUCAGGCAUCCCAAUCAGAACCACUCUCGACAACUCAACUACAGUACAAUAUGCAGGUCUCCUUCAUCAGCUCACGAUGAAAGCAAAAAGCACAGUGAGAGAUAUCGAUCCCCAGAAUGAUCUGACCUUUCUCAGGAUUAGAUCAAAGAAACAUGAAAUCAUGGUUGCCCCAGGUAAUAUAUUUUGUCUUCCAAAAGAAAAUAUUGCUUUUACUGCUGUGUGGGUAGCUUUUGAGGUCCCUUUCAUUGCUCCAAUGCUGCUGUUAAGCAUCAGUCUUCCUGUUUCAGUUAGGAAGAUAAAAGCAUAAGGGAUGUGCUUGCCUUCAGAUCCUAUAAUUGCAUAAAUCAGGCAUGUCCAAAAUCCGUUUUGGGGCCCAAUCCAGCCCGCCAGUCAAUUUAAUCUGGCCCUCACAGCAGUAUAUGUCCUGGGAUUAAAAAAAGCCCUCGUGCAUGUUCACUUCAUCAUAUCUGGCCCUCUUUGAAAAAAGUUUGGGCACCCCGGGCUUAAAUAGAGAGGGCCCAGCAUUUAUCUAUCAUGUUGUGUGGCAAGGCCAGACUACAGCUGAUUGCUGUGCCUGACUAGAUGAGAAAAUUGUUAGAUCUGGUAUAAGACUAUUUCCUAGGUGUGAGGAACAACAAUUUUUCCAAAGCUGGAUUUGGCCAAUUAGCACAUAAAACUGCAGCUACUUACUGUUGGUGACAAAUGACUCCCAAACCACCAACCUUACAUGGGACAGAUUUGCUUUUAGCUUUUAGUACUUGUGUUUGUACAUCAAGAUGAUAUUUGAUAAACAAUGGCUGUUAUUAUUUUUUGAAGUGUUUCAUUUUGUCUACUAAGUGGGCACAAGCAGUGGUCUUUAUUAUUUUGCCCAAGAUCAAUCCCCCAAAAUAGUUAACAAUCAAUAUUGGGGAAAGGAUUCACCAAAUACAACAAAACAGUAUAACUUUGAAAAUAUUUGGCUUAUAGAACUAUUUUGAAAUGUAUAUUGUAAAAAUAAGGAAUUGCCGAAAUAGAACAAUCUGUAAGCAUUUGCCAUCACUUUCAUUGUUUCUUAUCUUUUUCCACAGAUAAGGAAUAUCUUCUGAUCGUUAUCCAAAAUCCUUGCGAAUAG